AUGUAUUUUGCUAUGCAAUGGAGUAAAUCUAUUAUUUAUGGUUAUUUGUUGUUGUUGUUGUUUUGCUUGCGUUAUUUUUUAACUGCCUUUUUUAUAGAUGCAUAUGCGACCAUGAUGCACGCUUGGUAUGCGCUACCAUCCCCGGCAGCGGUGAAUCUGCCAAUGACACUCUGUGGUGGACAGUGUUUCCGGUGGCGUCGGACACCACGAGGCACAUGGGUUGGUGUGGUGGAACGUGGAGCGUACGAACUCUCUGAUGCUGCCCAUCCGCCCGAAUUCCAGGCAGUCUAUUCACGUGGGGAAGAAAAGCGGGGAAUGAGGCCCUCUUUGUCCCAUCCUUCUGACGACCUCUCUGGGGAUGUUCUUUGGUUUCGCUGUCUUCAUCGUGAGCCAAAGAAUGCAUCGGAUUUGUCUACAGAAGCCUGUUUUUUGCGGCAUUACUUGGCGUUGGAUGUGGACCUGCAGAAAUUAUGGCGGCGGUGGACACGUGACAAUCCCAUGAGAAACCAUCCUUUGGUUCGUUACCUCACCUCCAAUGCUGGCAAAGGGCCUUCUGUGAAAAUUCGUCAUUUGCGACAGAACAUUCAUGAGACCCUUCUAGCAUUUCUUUGCUCACAGAAUAAUAACGUACAGCGCAUCACAGGACUUGUGGAGAAAUUGGCCACCUCGUAUGGAGACCACUUGUGUGAUUACAACCUUGAAACAGGCGAUGUUCGAAACGUGGGUUAUUUAAAUCACAGCUCCACGAGGUCUACAAAAAAUGCAAAAAGGGCUGAUACGGGAGAUGGAGAUUGGAUACCUUUACAUACUAUUCCCAGCAUGGAUGAAUUAGCUAGACGGUCGGAAGAUGAACUCCGCGCGUUGGGUUUUGGGUACCGCAGUAAGUACAUCGUUCAAUGUGCCUCCAUCAUUCAAUCCAGUGGUGCAACCAGGCGGAAAAAGGAGGAAGGCGUGAAUUGCUUUUGUUCCUCCAUGCAGUCUUACAAGUGGUAUGACGAUCUUUUGGACCCUUGCCUUAGUUUGUCUGAUCGGCGAGAAAAACUUCUGUCCCUUCCCGGAGUGGGACGAAAGGUUGCAGAUUGCAUCCUUCUAUUUGCGGUGGGUCAUCAUGAAAUUGUACCUGUCGAUACACACAUGGCGCAGGUGGCAACAGAGUACUUGGCUGGGACAGCGACAUGCGGCAAAAAGGUCUUAUGCAACGGAAUGGGCGAGAAACGAAAACGCAAUUCUGAAGGGAAAUCUUCCCUGACGGCAGUAUCAACGGAUGGAUCUUGUUGGGAAAAGGUUUUGGCAGAUUGGUACAGAAAAGGAAAGGAGCGGGACAUGAAAAUGCCGGCGCUUUUGCACAAACAUCAUGAUGCCAUUCAACUGGGGUUUUGGCAUCUUUUUGGUGAUUACUGUGGUUGGGCACAUAGCAUUCUCUUCUACGCACGCAUGCGAAGAGGGCAAAGAGACAACUGA